AUGGUGAACGCCACAUAUGGUAGUCUGACCGCUGGUGCGGCAGAGGGAGAGACCGUCAUCAACCCCUAUGGUACCGACUUCAUCUCGACGAGCGAUGGUGGCGUUCCAGCGUUCAACCCAGGAGAUAUCGGAUAUCUGCUCUUCUGCGGUGCUCUCGUGCUCUUCAUGAUUCCCGGUCUCGGUUUCCUCUACUCUGGUCUUGCACGGAGAAAAAAUGCCCUGUCACUACUGUUCAUCUGUAUGACAUCGCUCGCAAUCGUCUCUUUCCAAUGGUGGUUCAUCGGUUAUUCUUUCGUCUUCAGUGAGACUGGAGGUGUCUUUUGGGGUGAUGGACGCAACGUCGGUUUCCAAUCUGUCCUCGACCGCGCUAUGCCAGAAACGAACGGCAAGCAGCCUGAAAUCGUCUACGCCAUGUACCAAUUGACCUUCGCCGCACUUGUCCCCGCCAUUCUCAUCGGUGCCGCCGCCGAGCGCUCGCGCAUCCUUCCCGCCAUGGUCUUCAUCUUCUUCUGGACCACCCUCGUCUACGACCCCCUCGCGCACUGGGUCUGGUCCGUCAACGGCUGGGCCUUCAAGUGGGGUGUCCUCGACUACGCCGGUGGUGUCCCCGUCGAAAUCGCAUCCGGUAUCGGCGGUCUCGCUUACUCGUACUUUAUCGGCAAGCGUCGUGACUAUGGUACCGACCGCGUCCUCUUCAAGCCCCAGAACGUCUCGCAGAUCGUCCUCGGCACGGUACUCCUCUGGGUCGGAUGGCUCGGAUUCAACGGUGGAUCCUGCUUUGCCGCCUCCCUCAAGGCCGCCAUUGCCAUCUUCAACACCAAUCUGGCUGGAUCCGUCGGCGCCAUCGCAUGGCUCAUCAUGGACUUCCGCUUGGAACGUAAAUGGUCGGUCGUCGGUUUCUGCACCGGUGCCAUUGCCGGUCUUGUCGCUAUCACCCCUGCCGCCGGAUUCGUCGGUCAGCCCGCUGCCGCCCUCAUCGGUCUCGUUUCUGCCGUCGUAUCCAACUUGUGCACCCGGCUCAAGCACACCAUGCGCGUCGACGACGUCAUGGACAUUUUCGCCGUCCACGCCUUGGCGGGUAUCGUCGGUGUCCUCAUGACCGGUCUCUUUGCUCAGGCUUCCGUUGCUGCCACGGACGGCUUUGCCGUGAUUGACGGUGGAUGGCUCGACCGUAACUGGAUUCAGCUCGGAAAGCAAGUUGCCUGGGCCGUUGUCGGAAUCACUUGGACCUUCGUCAUCACCUACGCCAUCAUGUUCCUGAUCAACCUCGUCCCCGGUCUUCACUUCCGCGCCACCGAGGAGGCCGAGAUUGUCGGGAUGGACGAGGUCGAGCUCGGCGAGUACGUCGCCGACUAUGCCUUCUUCGACCGUGAUCUCGAGGGACAGUACCAGCACCCCGGAUUCAAGGACCACUACAAGCUCUCGCGGGCCAUGACGGGCAGCAGGAGGGGACGUGGUGAGCGGUCGGCGUCGGCGGGACCUACGGGGCCGAGGGAGGCGGGUGCGGCGGGACACAUGACGCGCGUGCAUGAGGAGGCGGUCGUGCCGGAUGCGGCGUCGUCGGGCUCGAAUGAGAAGAUGUAG